GUUUGUUCGCGACGAGCCGCGCACGAUCAACGACGACGUCGACGACGAGGGUGGCGUGAAGACCAUUGGCAAGGAGACCACACAGAGCGUUAAAAUGGUGUCUAUAAAGAAACUCGCAAUCGGCGGUGGAGUUAUGUUUGUUUUCGGCAUUAUAACAUGGUGUGGAUUUCCCUCCUUAAUUAGGUCGCAGAUCAAGAAGGCUAUCGCGCUGAAACCAGGCAGCGAGAUUCGCGAAAUGUGGUCGAAUUUCCCGCUGCCACUGGACUUCAAGAUUUAUAUGUUCAAUAUAACCAAUCCUGAUGAAAUUGUACAAGGUCAAAAGCCAAUAGUGCAAGAAGUCGGACCGUUCUUUUACGACGAGUACAAGGUGAAGUUCGAUCUCAUCGAUCGGGAGGACGAGGAUAGCGUCGAAUACAGUAUGAAGUCCACGUGGUUCUUCAAUCGCAAGAAGAGCAACGGAUUGACGGGCGAAGAGGACAUGGUGUUUCCGCAUCUCAUGAUCUUGAGCAUGGCAAUGAUGACCCUGAAGGAUAAGCCUGCCGCGAUGCCGGUUGUUGGCAAAGCGGUCGACAGCAUCUUCCACAAGCCAGCUUCGUUAUUUAUAAAAGCCAAAGCCAAGGAAAUACUUUUUGAUGGUUUGCCAGUCGACUGUACGGUGAAAGAUUUUGCUGGUUCGGCGGUGUGCAACGUACUAAAGACGGAAGCGAAAGAUCUGGUGCCAGAUGGGGAAGAUCGUUACAAGUUCUCCCUCUUUGGCGGGAAAAACGGGACUACCGUGCCGCAGCGUAUGAAGGUUCUACGCGGUAUUAAAAAUUAUAAGGACGUCGGUCGCGUCCUGGAAUGGGAUGGAAAGCCUGCGUUGGAUAUUUGGCCAGAGGAUCACUGCAAUGCUUUCAACGGUACUGAUUCCACGAUCUUCCCACCUCUGUUCGGACCGGACGACGACAUCGUCUCGUUCGGAUAUGAGAUCUGUCGAAGUAUCAGCGCGCAUUAUCGUUAUCACAGCAAAGUCAAAGGUGUCAAUACUCUUCAUUACACGGCAGAUCUAGGAGACAUGAGCAAGAAUCCUAUGGAAAAGUGUUUUUGCCCGACACCGGACACUUGCCUGACGAGAAAUCUCUAUGACAUGACGAAAUGUGUAGGUGCUCCUAUCAUCGGAUCGCCUCCGCAUUUUUACGAUUGCGAGAAAAAUUGGUUCGAUUUGGUUGAUGGUUUGCAUCCUAACCAGGAGGAUCAUGAAAUGGACAUGGACUUCGAACCGAUGACAGCUACGCCGAUACGAGCGCACAAGCGGUUGCAGUUUAACAUGUUCAUACAACCAAUCCCGAAAUUUAAAUUGAUGAAGAACUUCCCGGAAGCAUUGCUGCCGCUUUUUUGGGUGGAAGAAGGAAUAUUGCUCGACGACGAGUUUGUUAACAAGGUCAAGGUGGUGUUCAAGGCAAUGGCAGUUGUCAAUUUUCUGAAAUGGCUGAUGGUACUUGGCGGGAUCGGCAUGUGCGCCGCAGCCGGUGGAUUAUACUAUAAGAAUCGCGAUAAUAGUGGCAAGUUAGACAUCACGAAGGUCACACCCAAGAACAACAGCAGUAAUCAGGAAAAAAGCUGGCCACCUACUAUGAACAUCAGUACGAUACAAGCGGCGUCAGUGCCAGCCAAUCUCGAUAAAAAUUGAAUACUAUUAACGAGAGAUCAAUAUCAGUAUUAACAUCGAGAAAAAUCCCUUCAGCUCUAAAUAUUUUUUUAAAUAGAAUUAUUAAAUAUAUAUAUAUAUAUAUAUAUAUAUAUAUAUAUAUAUACAUAUACAUAAAAAAAAUAGGUUUUCUCAAAUUGGGCAAGAAAUGAUUGAUGAAAAGUCAUUAGAGCUGAAUGUAGGGGAAGAAAAUUAAAUCUUUUCAUUAAGAUAAUAAGAGAUUGAAUAUUGCAGUGUUAGAUGUGAUAUUGAUGAUGUAAUUAGACAGGCUGAAAUUAUUACAGAAAACAUAUUAUUAUAAAAAUAAUUGCAUUUAGCACUCUAUCAAUGGGUUAAUAAUAACAGGUAGCUUUUUCUUGAAGAAAAUUAAACUCAAGUAUAUGGAUAAGGGGAUUGUAUAGAUAGGCUCAUUUCUUAUAUGUAAUAUUUUUAUCUGAAAUUAAUAAUUUAACUACCUCGUUGUAAAAAAAUAUUAAAUAUCUAUAAAAUAUUAAAUAUCCAUAAAUAUCUAUAUAAAUAUUUAGUGAGAGAUGCACUUGUAUGUACAGUACAAAUCAACGGUUCUUAAUCUAUAGUUCAUAAUUCUUGAAGAUUUUUUAAAGAAAAAUGUGAAUUUUCUUUUAUAUUAAGAUAUUUGUAAAAAAAAUAUAUAAUAUUAAAAUUUUUAAAUGCAAUAUUAUAAAUUUUGGUUUUUAACAAUAAUUUAAUACCAUUCAAUAAAAGUCUGCAAAAAUUAGAAGGUUAAAUAUCGCUAACAGGAGAUAUACAAGAAAUUAUAAACAUUUUUAAUGUAAAGAGAUCAUUUAGACAUGAAAUUACAUUUUCUAGUUAGUAGAUAUUUGAUGCGAGAAUAUUAAUAACAAUCAUUGUCAUUUAACUACACGCAAAGCGAAACGGCGAGAAGAGAGAAACGCAUCAAAGAAAUAAUUCUUUACUACUUUAUAUAUUUAAUAUUAUAUCCUUACUUUAUAUUUAAUAUGUAUGUCAAAAUCAAUAAAAUUAUUUUUAUUGAUUUAACUACGUUAAAAAUCUACAUUCUUUGUUUUAACAAUAAGCAGUCAAUUUUAACUAUCCGAAAGAGCGAUUAGCUAUCCUUGAAGGUAUUACUUCAUGAUUACAAGACAAAAAACAUUGAGCGCUAACAAUUUGAGUUUUCUCAAUGUAUUGAUCAUAUAAAUAAUAUAAUAAAUAUAAAUUA